AUGGUUAGGAUCAGUAACUUACCAGAAGAGCUUGCUUGUCACGUAAUCUCAUUCCUUUCGACAAAAGACGCAGCGAGGUUGAAGUAUGCUUCCAAGAACUGGUAUAGUCUUGUUACCAUCAUACAGAGUUGUGUUUUUGAUGAUUCUUCCUCUGCCAUUAAUGGAAGUUUCAAAGAUUUUGCUGAUCGAUUUGUAUCUCCUCGACAUGAGAGUCACCACCGUAUAAAGAGAUUCUCUCUAACGCUCACGUCUUCGUCUUUGGAUCCUUCUCAGUAUGAUACAGUCAAGGAUUGUUUACGCAGUGUGUUCAAGCGUGGUGUCUUGGAUCUUGAACUCGACAUCAGAGUUGGUUAUGAUGAUCAAGAAGAUGUUGAUGAUGAUAAAUACUCACUGCCUUUAGAGUUGUUUACUUGCAAGAGCGUUGUGAAACUAAGACUAGGCUCUGGUUUUGUUAUUGAUCAUCUCCCUAAGAAUGCUUUGCUCCCUUCUCUCAAGACUCUCUUUCUUGAUUCAGUUAGGUUCAAUGAUACUACUGAUGGUGGUUGUGCGUUUACAAGGCUUAUCUCUGCUUGUCCUGUGCUUGAGGAGUUACUCAUAUAUGGCCACAACUGUGAAGACUGGAACUGGUCUUGUGUUGUCUCUAGUAAGAUCCUUAAGAGACUUACCAUUCAUCGUAAACAAUGGGAUAACGAUGGUGAUUUCGAGUCUAUCAGUUUUGAUACUCCGAGUCUUGAAUACUUUGAUUACUUUGAUGUUCUCAGAGAUCAUUAUCCAGUUGUUAAUCUCAGUUCACUUGUUGAAGCUAAGAUAGAGCUUCCUCCUCUUUACAAUGGGGAUACCUAUGAUGUUACCAAUCUGAUUAAAGGGUUAAAACAUGUUCAGAUUCUGAUCAUAGGAUUCCCUGACACCAUGCAACUGUUUUGGGCCUUCCGUGAAGCAGUCCCAGUGUUUGAGAACCUGUUUCAUUUAUCAGUAUGGACUGAGGAACCUAUCUGCUGGGCUGCUCUUGUUAUUCUAGUUAAAAGAUCUCCAAAUCUUAAGUCUCUCACCAUUGAGGCUUUGCACUGUGAUACUACAGAAGAGGGUGUGGAGUCUGUUUGCAAAUGCGUGGAGGGUUACUCGUUUCUUCUGUCCUGCCCUAUUGAGAUACUAAAGAUAAACCAAUUCCAUGGAUAUAUUGGAGAAAUGGCGCAAAUAAAGCAUAUCUUGGAGAAACUGCAGUGUUUGGUUUUGUUGGAAGUUCAUGUUGAGGGAAGAAGUGAUGAUGACCUGCAGAUCUUGGUGGAUCUCUUAAUGCUUCCGAGAGCUUCAUCCAAAUGCAAAGUCCAGGUCAUGUUCUCGGAAACAAACUAG